AGGGAAGAAGACUGAAUGAAACCUCCUCCUCCUGCCCCUUCCAUGAGGAGAAAAGGAGAAGCUGUGUGUGUGUGUGAGUGAGAGAGAGCUUCAUUGUGAGUCACUGCUUUGCUGGAAACAACAUUUUACAUUUUUACACACUCAAAGAAGGAAAGAAACUUUUAAAACUAAGAUUAAGAACAAGCAAAAAUGUCCAAACCUGACUACUCUGGUACUUUUCAUAUGGUGGAACAGGACAAUAUGGACGCCUACCUUGCUGCUUUAGACAUUAACUUCGCACUGAGGAAGAUUGUAUGCCUGUUGAAGCCCACCAAAGAGAUCAUCCACGAUGCGGCCUCGGGAGCCAUGAAGAUACGCACCAUCACCACUUUCAAGAACUUCAAUAUGGAUUUCAUCAUAGGACAAGAGUUUACAGAAGAUCUGGGUCCAGUGGAUGGCCGUACGUGUCAGACCACAGUGAGCUGGGAAGGGGAGAAGCUGGUUUGUGUACAGCGUGGCGAGAAAGAAGGCCGAGGAUGGACACACUGGCUGGAGGGUGACAAGCUGCAUUUGGAGAUGAGAGCUGAAGGCGUCGUUGCCAAGCAGGUCUUCAAGAAGGCCGAUUGAAGUACCUUUUUUUUUUUUUUAGUGAUUAACCUCGUUUAUU